AUGGCCUCUACAUCGUCCCAGAAUAAUCAAGAGGCUGCUACCAAGGGACGAGACGCAGCAGAAGCCUAUUUCAAGCUCGGAAACUUGGACUCUGCAAUCAAUGAGGCCAUGGAAGCUAAAAACCACGACCCGGAUUUGCCCUAUAUCGACAAUUUCAUCACAGCUUACAGGAUUCACAAAGCCGUGUCAGACAAGAAAAGCUGGUACGAGGUUCUCGGCAUCCCCGAAACAGCCGACUCUCAAACCAUUAAGAAACAAUACAAGGAAUUGGCACUAGUUGUGCACCCCGACAAGAACAGCUCUCUCGCCGCCGACGGUGCUUUCAGGCAUGUCAAAACAGCCUUGGACAUUCUCUCCGACCCCCAACAAAAGGAGGAUUACGACAAAUCAUUGAGUCGUCGUGGUUCUGGUAAGUCUUUUUCCGACAGGAAUCGUACACAGUUUCGUAGGUUUAAUGAUGAUGAUGAUGAUUAUGUUCAGAAAGCUGGGUGCAAGAACAAACAGGAUAGGACAGAUUGGAAGACUAGGGGCAAAGCCAAAAGGGCCAAGACUGGUAGAAUGAGAGAUUGGGAUUAUUUCAUAAUAAGAAGACCAGCGAAUGCCCAUGAGCCAAAAAUAUUACCAAAUAUCGCCAAUUUUGUUAGAUAG